GGCAUCUGUUGAGAAGGAGGUCCAGAGAUGAACCGGUGAGAAGAUCAAGCAAGAUUCAACUAAAAGACAGACAGGAGAGGCACAAGCUUUUGAGAGGUUGCUCGAUCUCAUGGAUUGGCAUCUCAAGAUACCUCCAUGGAACCCGGAAGAACUGGGCCGGGACGCCGAGCUGAGCGUAGGCUCGGCGGCGGUCGGGUCGAACAGCGGUUGCUUCGGGUUGCCAGACAAGACGAACGACCAAGCUGCUGCAUCGACGACGACGGCGGCGGCGUCUCCAUCUGGUCCAACGAAGAGGGCGCGAGCGCGAUCGCGAUCGCCGGCAAAUGGCGCGUCGUGCUCGGUCGAUGGGUGCACGGCAGAUCUUAGUAAGUGCAGGGAGUAUCACCGGCGUCAUAAGGUCUGCGAGGCGCACUCCAAGACGCCGGUGGUGGUGGUCCGCGGUCAGGAGCAGCGCUUCUGCCAGCAAUGCAGCAGGUUUCAUCUGCUACAAGAAUUCGAUGAGGUAAAGCGAAGCUGUAGGAGACGCCUUGAUGGGCAUAACAAGCGUCGAAGGAAGUCCCAACCAGAUUCUACAAACUCGGGAAGAUUGUUCUCAGAUCGCCAAGGAGGGGUUUCUACAUACCCUCUGGUAUAUCCAACUACUGCAGCAGAGUCAAACUGGGCUGGAGAUGUGAGAAGAACUGAGAAGAGAACUCCUCCACAACUCAUCAGCCACCAUAACUUUUCCAUCUCUUACAGCUUUGGCGGAGAGAGAAAGCAGCUGCACAUCUUUCAGGAUGGUGAAACUGGGAACAAAGCCACUCAAAGUCAGCUGAAUCUUUGUGCAGUCACUCCCUACGAUGGCAGGAGCAGCGGCAGCAGGAUGUUCGAUUGUGCUCUCUCUCUUCUGUCAUCUGCGACUUCGGAUGUCAACCUGAGUCAUAUGGUGCCACUAUCUGAUACGAUCUCCAUGGUUCAAUAUGGUGGUUUCAUGCAGCACACCCUCUCGCAGGCAGAUAGUGAUGUAAGAACACCAACUGGAUGCAGUAUGGGGAAGAAUGCUGAGAUUAACUGCCACAGCAAGUUUCAGGUUGAAGGUGAAGAUUGCUUGGAUGGCAACAGCCAAAGUCUGCCCUCCUAUUGGCCUUAG